UUACAGGGCACAGAGAAGGCUCAGAAGUUAAUAAAAGGAUCUACCAUAUCCAACCUCACAGUUCUCCCAGCAUCUCAUCGCACAAAUCCUUAUUUCACCCGCGUGCCAGUCUUAGAAGUGGAUGCCAGUAAAGGGAUUUUAAGUAUGAUGGAACGAGGACUGAUCCCACCAACAGCAAGAAUAACCUUUCAGAAUCCACCCAUUAUACCCAGAGCGGCUCCUCUGCAUAGUUUCGAUGAAGCCCGGAAGAUUACAACUACUGCCCCUUUUGCUGCACUCCAGAGACCACAGUUGAUCACAAAGGAAGUGAAGAAUCUCACUCUCGAGAGACAAAGAUCAAAGGGGAAAGGCAGAAGGGCAAGAGGUAGAUCAAAAUUAUGUAUCAUCUCUACCAACACUUUCCUUUUAUAGGCCGUGAAAGUGACAACACCUGCUAAGGCUCUGAAAUCACCAUGGGAUUAUGACUUUUUUAUUCAUAAUGGCAUUGUAGACAAGACAGCACCAGACUUCUUAGCAUUCAAGGAACAUUUCAGUUUGUCUUGGGGAAGUAUUUUUUCUCUCUUGGAACAUGUUGAGAAGUUUCUCAGGGACUAUGCAAUACCAGAAGUCAAAAUAAAAGGGAACAGUUUAGUAGCACUCCUUCCAGAGUUUGAGCUGAAGAAUAAACUUACCAGAUAUGACCUUCUCUCAGUGCUAGAGAACCCAGUUCACAUCCAAAUGAUGUUAAAUCUUCCGGGGCAAAGGUAUAAGGGCCAAAAUGGAAAGACAGAGGCUGCCAUGAAGAUCCAAGCCAUAUGGAAACGCUACAAAGCAAGAAAAUUCUUCCUCACUUAUCGCCGGCAGAAGUGGGCAUCAGGUGUGAUUGCCAUUGCGUGGCUCUUAUAUUGCCAUAAGACCCGGCUGAGGAAGCUUCUAAAGGAAUCACGUGAAAGACACCUGGAGAAUUUCCGCAUUCGAGCCAAGCAUCUGGCAGCCAACUGGAAUCGCAUCAGGACCUCCAGGAGGACUAUUAUCCAUAUCCCAUCAUUAGGAUAUUCUCAGCCAGUGCGACAAAAUAUUGCCGACUUGAACACACUGCAAAACGUGCAGCUGGGGAGGCUGUGUGACAUCUUAGAUGCCAAUGUGAGCGUCAUCUACAUCUGCUCCCAUCAAAUGAGUGAUGAGUUACUACUGUAUUACAAUAAGAUCCUGAGUCUACAGGCAGCUGUCAAAUCAGGGAACCUUGAGAACAGAAGUGACCUGCAGGACAGGUUCAAAAUUAUCACCCCUGAAGCUAUAAACAUCUUCACUAUAAUAGAACAAGUGAGUCAGCUGGUUAUCGAUCACCUGAAAAUCCAACGCUGGCUCUUUAAAAUGGACUAUGAGUUUGGAGGAAAUGGGACUGCAUUUUGUGACAUCCCUUCCCACCUAAAGUGCUACAAGUGGGUCCUAAAGGAGAGUCACAGAUAUGGCCACGAAGACUGGAGGAAGAAAUGGGCACAAGAGCCAGCUUUGGUGAAGAUCUCCGAGGAGCUGGCGGGCAUUUUAGCACAGCACGCACAGCCAGUCAAUGAGAAACGGUUCUCGACAUGGAGGAAAUUCCUCCAAACAUUUCUCAGUCAAGGAGGCGUGAUUGAAGCAUACCCACCUACAGAGAGUGUCACCAAUGUGACAGUGGACAUGCUGAUAGAGCCCAAUGGAGAAAUCAGGCUGCUGUCAACAGGGGACCAGUUUCAUGCCGAAGGCCCCUUCAUCUCCUCUGGAACCACCAUGCCUCAGGCCUCAAUAGAUCCCCAAGUUCUCAGUUCUUUGUGCCUUCAAAUCGGAAAAGCCUGUAAAAUGAAAAAUGUGGUUGGUUACUUCUCCAUAGACCUGGUGACUUUUAUCGAUCCAAGCACCAUGGAGCAGCAGGUGUGGGCAACAGGCCUCAACAUCUCAUACAGUGACCAACUGGCCCUGACCCAGCUCACCUUAUACCUGACCAACGGCCACCUGGAUUGCAGUUUGGGCACCCUUGAAGUGCCCUGCUUUGUUCCCAAGAAAGAGAGGAAAAUAAGCCAUGUGAACCCCCAGGCAAUGCCGAACAAUCGGUGAAGAUCUCCAGGGGGUCCUCAUGACCUUUGCUCGCAAUCUCUUCAUCAUCCAUCAAGAAAUAUCAGCACCUAAUAUGCAAGGCGAGACCAAU